AAUAUGGCAAUAUUUUUCCAACAUGAACCAUGAUUGUAUUUAUCUCUAAUUAACGCAAUAUAGUUUGCAGCUGGUAGUUGGCCAUAAUUAAAACCAGUCGUCCUUAUUGGUAUGUGUUGCAUUACGUAUUAAAUGAACAUCUCCCACUUUAUAAAUUCCACAUCGACCACUCAUCAAACAUCAUCAAAAUUAACUCCUAGAAUCAGUUUUAGUUUCGGUUUCAGCUUCUCUCCAAUGAGGUUCUUUCUUAUCCACGUUUGUACACUUUUUUCGGUAGCACUUUUAGGAAGUCAUGCUGUGACUCCUGAAGUAUACUGGAAGUCUGUGUUACCAAACAGUCCUAUGCCAAAAUCAAUCAAAGAUCUUCUAUAUACAGAAUGGAAUGACGAGAAAAGCACCGCAGUGGGGGUAGGAAAAGGCGGUGUAAGUGUUCAUACAGGAAAACCAGGAAAACGAACAGAUGUUGGUGUUGGGAAAGGUGGUGUUGGCGUUCACACCGGGAAACCAGGAAAACGGACAGAUGUUGGUGUCGGGAAAGGCGGUGUCGGUGUUCACACUGGAAAACCAGGAAAACGGACAGAUGUUAGUGUCGGGAAAGGCGGUGUCGGUGUUCACACAGGAAAACCAGGAAAGGGAACCCAUGUUGGUGUUGGAAAAGGUGGUGUAAAUGUGCACACCCGCCACAAAGGGAAGCCAGUUUAUGUAGGUGUGCGUAAAGGACCUAAUCCUUUUGUUUACCAGUAUGCUGCAUCCGAGAAUCAGCUCAAGGAUAAUCCAAAUGUAGCAUUGUUUUUCAAGGAGAAUGAUUUGCAUCAAGGCAAAGAAAUGAACCUACACUUCACUAAAAACGACGAAAAAGCUACGUUUUUACCUCGACAAAUCGCUGAUUCGAUACCCUUUUCGUCGAACAAGCUUCCACAAAUCUACGAAGAGUUCUCAGUUAAACCUGACUCGAUGGAAGCCGAGAUCAUGAAGCAAACGCUUAGCGAAUGCGAGAGUACAGGCAUUGAAGGUGAGGAGAAAUACUGCGCGACUUCAUUAGAAUCCAUGGUCGAUUUUAGUACUACCAAACUUGGUCGAAAUGUGAAAGCGAUUUCAACAGAGGUUAGCGCUAAAGAAAGUACCCCGUUACAAAAGUACAAAAUUGAAGUCGCUAAAAAGCUUGUGGCGAAUAAAGCAGUGGUUUGUCAUAAGCAAAACUACGCAUACGCGGUCUUUUAUUGCCAUAAAACCGCUAGUACUCAAGCUUAUGCGGUUUCUAUGGUUGGUGCGGACGGUACAAAGGUGAAUGCGGUUGCGGUUUGCCAUACUGACACUGCAAAAUGGAACCCAAAACAUUUGGCGUUUCAAGUGCUUAAAGUUAAACCGGGAACUGUUCCGAUUUGCCAUUUCUUACCUGAAGAUCAUGUUGUUUGGGUUCCAUACUAAUAAACUUAGCAAGGAAAACACAGAAUACAGUUUAUGGUUUGUGUCUUGCGACCCUAUUUAUGGUGUUGUUGCUUCCUUUCUUUAUCAGUAUUUGUAAAGUAAUGAAAUAAGUACGACAUGCCUUUUACUUAAUUA